UUUUUUGUACCGGGGGUCAAACUCACCACCUAGCACUUGCCAGGCUGACGUUUAUGCCGCUAAGCUAAAUCCCCAAUCCCCAGAGUGGUACUGAGGACUCCACUUUGGAGUCGGGAACCUGAAUCCUCUGGAAGGCUGCAGUGAUACAGAACACCUUGCAUCCGAGUUUUUUUUUUUUUAACAAUGCAGUUAAGAAAAACGAAAGAAACGGGUAUCUCUGGCACGCUGAAAAUCCAUUCAUUCCCACGACAGCGUUGCCAAAACACUUCUGCGGAGUCGGAAAGAACAGGAAUCUCCCGCGCCCAAGGAUCCGCCGCAGCACUGGGCGGCGCUCCGAGACGGGGCGGGGCAUGCGUCUAACGGCGGCGGUGUGGCUCCGCCCCCCGCGUUGGCGCGCGAUCCAAAAGUCGGCGCAGGAGGUUGCGUGAGUUUCCAGACGCUUCCCUGUGGUACCCUGAGGCCGGGAGACCUGUACGCUCUGUCUCCUCAGCCGCCAUGAAGCGGAGAGGCCCCGAGAAGGACGCGUGCGGCGUGUGGCUGGACACUGAGGCGCUGAAGAGGCGGAAAGUGCAGACACAUUUAAUUGAACCGAGCACCAAAAUGCUAACGCUCCUUCCUCGAGAGAGAACACCUACUGUUUCUUUGACUCAAAGAAUUUCGUCUGCAGGCAAACAGACCAGCAUUGCUUCCUUCUUCACCUUAUGGCCAGGAAUGAAAGAUGUUGGUAACCAGAGAAGUAUUUCAUCUCAUACACAAAGUCAAAUCAACAAAGAGUCCGAGAAAGACACAACUCAGCUAGACAGUUUGAUCCAGAACUCGGAGAAUGACUGCAUAGCAUCCUCUCUGGCAACUUCAACCCCUGAAGACAUCCAGGAAACUGGAUUUUCUGAUAAGUCCCACAAGACUUCUGGCCACCACAGUGUGAGAACCCCAUUUCUGACCAUGCCAUCUUUGCCUCAACCUAAUACCCUAGCCUGUGCUGAAGAUAAUAAAGCCCCACUGGCCUUUUCCUUCACCCAGAACUUGGAAAGUUCUUGUUUGCAGGACCAAAAGGAGGAUUCUUCCAGGAAAAAGGAAUGGUUUAAUGGAUCUGAGAACUAUCAGGACAUGGCGAGACAUGUCAAACCACCUGUGGGUAAAUGCCAUCAGAUCUUGGACAAAGCUAAAUCAGAGAGGAAAGUAUCUGCCAAAGAAAACAGGCGACCUUCUGUGUACCUCCAAACUUCCAGGGAUUUUUGCAGUAGAGAAAACACAGAAGCAGUGAAACAAAACCCCUGUCUGGUUUCUGUGUUUUCCUGGCAUAGUGAAAAGAAUGACAAAGAAUCCUGGAGUCAGCUUUUCACUGAAGACUCUCAGGGCCAACGAGUCAUUGCACACAACAUUAGAGCUCCUUUCCAAGAUGUAAGCAACACUUGGCAUCUGGGCCUAGGGUGUUUUUCAGCCAGGCCUCGGGCUGAAUGCCAGGCUGAGCACAGUGAGCUAAAUCAGCAGCCUGAUUUGCUCCUUACCCAGGACUCUGAAGGUAAUCAAGUUAUCAAGCACCAAUUUUGAAUGUUUAUAUAAAGGUUUGGUUCUGAAAGCAUCUUAAAAAUGGUAGCAUGUAAGAAAAUACCUUUUAGGUACAGGUAGGGGUUGAGGUAGGCAGCAUAGGAUUAAGCUGUCAUUAUCAAGCCCUUUGUAUAAAUAAAGCAGGCAGCUGCCACUGAUUGAGA